GGCCAGGCUGGAGGUGAGGGAGAGGCUGGGCCUGAGGUCAGGCCUGGAAGGAACAGGAUGUCUGUGUCGUGGAUGAAGGGAGAGGACAGUGCCAGAAACCAGCUCCUCCCUCCCGGGCCCGGUCCCUGGAGCCCCUCCCUGGCCUCCCAGCUACAGCUCCUCCCAGGGGCCCGGACACCAGAUCCCUUCACAAUGCUGGUGGUCGGUGGCCCCGAGCCCAUGUUCUGCCUUCUCCUCCUCCUGCUCCUGGGCCCCCACAGCCCUGAGGGGGCCAGUCCUCCUCAGAGAAGGUUUGAGUAUAAGCUCAGCUUCAAAGGACCAAGACUGGCGCUGCCUGGGGCUGGAAUACCCUUCUGGAGUCAUCAUGGAGAUGCCAUACUGGGCCUGGAAGAGGUGCGGCUGGCCCCAUCCAUGCAGAACCGCAGCGGCGCCGUGUGGAGCAGGGUCCCCGUCCUCUUCUCUGCCUGGGAGGUGGAGGUGCAGAUGAGGGUGACCGGGCCGGGGCGCCGGGGAGCCCAGGGCGUGGCCGUGUGGUACACUCGGGGCAGGGGCCAAGUAGGCUCUGUCCUGGAGGGGCCGGCCUCGUGGGACGGCAUCGGGAUCCUCUUCGACUCCUCGGCCCAGGAUACCCAGAACAGCCCCGCUGUCAGCGUGCUGGCCAGCGAUGGACACACGCGCUACGAGCCGCCUGGGGACGGAGCCAGUGGGGUGCUGGGCUCCUGCCACCGGGACUUCCGCAACCUGCCGUACCCCUUCAGAGCACGGAUCACCUACUGGGGGCAGAGGCUGCGCGUGUCUUUGAACAGUGGCCUCACUCCCAACGACCUAGAUGAGGUCUGCAUUGACACGGGGCCCCUGCUUUUGGCUCCUGGAGGUUUCUUUGGUGUCUCGGCAGCCACCAGCACCCUGGCAGAUGACCAUGACAUCCUGUCCUUCCUGACCUUCAGUCUGAGUGAGCCGGGUCUGAAGCCUCCCCCCCAGGCCUUUCUGGAGAUGGAGGAGCUCCGGCUGGCGAGGCAGCUGGAAGGGCUUCGGGCAAAGCUGGCCCUGGGCCCCAGGAAGGAUGCGAUUCCACAGCUGAGCUCUGAAGUCCAGGAAGAGGGGGAAAGAAGCUUUGGCCUGGAGGAGAUGCUGGGCAGACACCGCCAGAUCCUGCAGGCUCUCCAGGGUCUGUCCCAACAGUUGGCCCAGGCUGAGAGGCAACGGAAGAAGCAGCUGGGGUCCCCAGGCCACACGAGGCCUAUGGGAGCCUGGGUGAGUGGCCCCUGGGGCACCCAAGACCCUGCCUGCAGGCCUGGAAAAGCAAGCUCCCUCAGGCACUGGGUCCCUGGCACCAGCCAGAGCAGCUGA